UACUCGGCUGCACACAGCUCUACCUUCCAUGGUGCCUGAAAAGACCAUAACAGUCUUAAGAGAGUUCUUGUUAGGAGACCUAAUUAUUACCAUCAGCUGUCAGCUUAUGAAUUGACGGUUGAUUUUUUUUUGUCUUCGCCAUUAAAAUGAGUCUGGCACCGCACAGCGGAUAGUUUCGCGCAUCACAGCAGAGCUGUUCUGGGGCUGCGCUCGAUGAAUCAUUCACCAGCUUCAACAUGAGCAGCAGUGCCAGUUCAGCAGAAUCCCUGCAGGAAGCAGAUUCAACAAUCAUCUCACAGAAAGCAGAUGUGAAGAAUUACAGUAUGAUGACUCCUGCAGAGAAACUAUCGCUUUGUGAGAGACGGGCUCAGUCUUUGGCUGAUAGCGAAGAGGUUGGGCACAUCAGGCACAAGAACAUGCAUCAAAAGCACAUGAAGUACUCCGUCUCCAGUCAGCAGGAGGAGAGAAUGAGCUACCUCAACUGCUUCCUUAGCAUGCAUCAGACUCUUGGAAGUGCCUCUCUACUGCUUGGAAAUUUAGCAGAGGCCGAGUCAAGCUUUCAGAAGGCAGAGAUAGUCAUGGGAGACAUUGUAGCGCAAGAAGCCAUGGGGAAGGAGGACAGAGUGGGUACUGCGUAUGAAAUAUUUACAAAUUUAGCAAGGGUGUACCAGCGGCAGGGAAAGCCUGAGAAGGCCCUCAGUCAGUGUGAAAGAGCCUUGGAGCUGCUUCAGGAAGGAGCUCAGCUCAGUCGGAUCUGCUGUGUUUACAGAAACAUGGCGGCCAUUGAACAGGCACAGGGACAUCUGGAUAGAGCCAUUGAGCAUCUCCUACUGGCUCAUUCCAUAGCUCUUAGUCAGAGUCCUGGGGGUCUGGAGGGGGCCCAGAUCGCUCACAGCUUGGCUCUAGCCUACUCUUCCACUUCAGAGCCUCAUCACAACAUAGAUUCAGCAGCACGCUUUUUUGAGGAGAGGAUAAGUGUAUAUAGAAGUGCACUAGGCCCACAGGACACACUCACCCUAUCUGCUCAAGAUGACUUCAGUCAUUUCCUCCUACUCACUGGACAACAGGAGAGAUGUGCUGAGAUCCAAAGAGAGUCUCUAGCCUAUAAGAAGAGUCAAUUUGGUGAGCUGAGUGCAGAGGUGGCCAAAGCGCUGCAGCUGAUUGGUGGAGUGGAGAUGACACAGGGUCAGAUGAGACAUGCCCACAGGACCUUCAAGAAGUGUCUGGAUAUUGUGAAUUUGCUGUUUGGUCCUCAGCACAAGAAAACCAAAGCCACACAUAGAACCGUGGACAUGCUGUCUCAGUCACCAGAGGUCAGUGAAAGACGCAAGGAAGGUUGUCUUGAAACAAGACCUCCAUUCUGUGCAGUGGUAUCUGCUUCUGAAGUAGCAUCUAGCAUGUCUGACUCGUAACAGCAGUGACCAGCAGACGGAUCUAAUGAAUGUGGCAUGGACUUUCAGGGAUGUUUGACAUCAUCCUAUUUCACCAUGGGAAAUCUGUGGAUUGGAAAAAAACAAGGCAAUAUUUCUAGAACAACACACAAGCUCCACUGUAUCUUUAAUCUCUGUUGCUGAGUCUCAGAGUGGUUGGCAAGGUGACUACCUCUGCACUUCAAAAAAGUAGAACUGUCCAGCGGUGAUCUAAUACACCGUUCACAGCAGUUUCUGCAAAUACUUCCUGACUGGAGAGCUGCAGGCCUCUCUAAACUCUAAAGAGCUUUAGAGUCAUAUUAUUUCUGAGAAUUGAGCAGAACUCACGACAUGAACUUUAU